CACCAGACAGGCAUGAGGUGGCUGUAGCUUACCAGUUUGUUUUUUUACGCAUCAAUUUAAGCUGGAUCACUGUCUUGGUGAUCAGUGCUGCCUUCACGGACUGUGACAAUGAGGAUUGUAUGAGAAGUGAGGCUGUUUUUUUUCCUUAUACACGGAGCCUGGUGUGAGUGACUACCAGGCUAAUCUGGGGGUGUUUUUUUUUUUUUUAACCCAGUGUGAACACAAACCCACAGCCGACUUAUUUUUUUCUCCUGGACGGCGGAGCGCACUCAGGGACGAAAAUGUCUUUACGCACGGCACUGCCUGGGAACGAUCGGAACCCGGACCAUCAUACCUCUCUGUCGGCCAGCCGUUCAGAGAAGGGUACCGGCUGGUCAAGCCGCUCACUCGGCGCCCGAUGUCGUAACUCCAUCGCCUUGUGUUCAGAUGAGCAGCCGCACAUCGGAAACUACCGGCUGCUCAAAACGAUCGGCAAGGGCAACUUUGCCAAGGUCAAACUGGCACGGCACAUAUUGACUGGCAGAGAGGUUGCAAUAAAGAUCAUCGAUAAAACACAGCUCAACCCAACCAGCCUACAGAAGCUGUUUCGAGAGGUACGCAUCAUGAAAACUCUCAACCAUCCCAACAUAGUCCAGUUGUUUGAGGUGAUUGAGACAGACAAGACUCUUUACCUGAUUAUGGAGUACGCCAGCGGAGGCGAAGUGUUCGACUACCUCGUGGCUCACGGCAGAAUGAAGGAGAAAGAAGCCAGAGCCAAGUUCAGACAGAUUGUGUCAGCAGUGCACUACUGUCAUCAGAAGAACAUUGUUCACCGAGACUUGAAGGCGGAGAACUUGCUACUAGACGCAGACUCGAACAUUAAAAUAGCCGACUUUGGCUUCAGUAACGAGUUCACUGCUGGCAGUAAACUGGACACGUUCUGCGGUUCCCCACCCUACGCUGCCCCGGAGCUCUUCCAGGGGAAGAAGUACGACGGUCCAGAGGUGGACAUCUGGAGCCUGGGUGUCAUCCUGUACACUCUGGUCAGCGGGUCGUUGCCCUUUGACGGGCAAAACCUGAAGGAGCUGCGGGAGCGUGUUUUGAGGGGGAAGUACCGCGUGCCCUUCUACAUGUCUACAGACUGCGAGGGAAUACUGCGCCGCUUCCUGGUUCUCAACCCUGCCAAGCGCUGCUCGCUGGAGCAAAUAAUGAAAGAUAAGUGGAUCAAUGUCGGCUAUGACGGCGAGGAGCUGAAGCCCCACGCAGAGCCUGUGGAGGACUUCAACGAUACCUGUCGAAUCGAUGUGAUGGUUGGGAUGGGUUUCGCCAGAGACGAGAUCAGAGAUUCUCUGGUUAGUCAGAAAUACAACGAGGUCACCGCCACAUACCUGCUGCUGGGACGCAAGAAUGAGACUGACGGCACCGAGUCUCGGUCAAGCAGCAGUCUGAGUCUAGCUCGAGUCCGGCCCGGCACCAUCACCAACGGGACCAGCAAACACUCCACUUCCUCUUCCUCUUCUGGUGCACCUUCUUCCUCCUCUGGCCACAAGGCACAGCGCAGCGCCUCCACAUACCACCGCCAGAGAAGACACUCUGACUUCUGUGGUCCAGCGGUUCCAGGGUCGACACACCCCAAACGGAGUCCCAGCGGUGUAGGUGAAGGGGCGGGGCUUAAAGAGGAGCGGCUGUCAAUCCGCAAGCCGAGCACCAAUACCGUCGGCUCCCGUAGCAUCCCGACCCCCUCCAGUCCCAUGGUCAGCUCUGCUCACAACCCAAAUAAGGCGGAGAUACCUGACCGGCGCAAGGAGGUUAACUCAACCACAAACAACAUCCCUGCUAGUGCCAUGACUCGAAGGAACACGUAUGUAUGCACAGACCGAUCCAGCACUGAUAGACACCCACUGCUGCAAAAUGGCAAGGAGAACAGUACCUUAUCCCACCGCCUUCCCCCUGCCUCCCCCUCCACCCACAGCAUUGCUGGCGCCUCUGGGGCCUCCUCUUCGUCCUCCACGCCCUCCUCCCGCCUCUCCAGAGGAUCCACGGUGAGGAGCACUUUCCAUGGAGGGCAGAUUAGAGACCGUCGGCCUCCCUCUCAUGCUCCCCCAGCUUCCCCUACACCGUCCCACGAUGCCAGCCCGCUGCCCCACGCCAGGACCCGGGCCACGAGCAACCUGCUGAGCAAACUCACCUCCAAGUUGACCCGCAGGGUCACAGACGAACCUGAGAGAAUCAGCAGAUCUCCGGUCACAAGUCGCCAUCUAUCUGGGCAUCAGAAAGCGGCCGAGCCCCGGACCCCCCGAUGCGGCUGGGAUGUGAGGGUGCGGAGCCCUCGCGACCCGGCCGAGGUGGUGCUAGCGCUGCGCGAAGCGGCGCAGGGCUGUGGCUGCCAGGUCCAUCUGGCCGGACCUUUCCUCCUGUCCUGCACCCACGGAGCAGCCGGCGCCCGGGUGGCUUUCGAGGCCGAGGUCUGCCAGCUGCCCAGCGGGCUGGGCCAGAGCAGCGGUGUGAAGUUCAAGCGCCUGUGGGGGGCACCGUUAGCCUUUAGAGACAUCGCCACCAAAGUGUCCAAGGAGCUGGAGCUCUGAGAUCGACAGGAGGCGGGGCAGGUCAAUGACGGACAGGACAGGUUAAUUAACAAGGAAGGAUGAGAAGGAGGAGGAACAAUGAGGCAGACACCACCCCUCCUCCUCUUCCUCCCUGGGCUCCACCUCAUUUGAUGUGGCUAGCGAUGCCUCGCCUCCGCCAAAGACCCUCUUCCUCUGAUGCCACCAAUCACAGCCAGACAAAUGGAUGCACAGACACGGAUAGACCGCCAUCGGCAGACUUAUGAUGACCCUUGACCUUGGAGCUGUCAGUGACCCACGACUCCUGCUUAAAACGCGGCACCACCCCCACAUUAUGUGAGCCCAUGGGGUUAAACUGUUUUUUUUUUUUUCCAUGAUUUCAUAUUUGAUGUUGAUAAGGAUGGUGUUGCUGAGAAUGAUGGAGACUGAUAAUUUGUUGUUGUUGUUGUCAUUGUUAUUCCUGUUGUACCAUAUUUGUCAUCAUUCCUUUUUAAAGAGCUGCUAUUUAAAGAAACGUUUUAAUUUUUUUGUGUAUUAAGUUUAUUUUCUUUCUUUAAUGCUUUUAAAAUGGGCAGAACUUUGACAUCUGUUGUCGUCCUCUGAAGCAGACGUCACAUAUUUAAGGAGUGAGGGCGCAGUCUGACCUCCGGCCUCCAGAGGGAGACAUGCAGAAAUGCAGACACUUGUGACAGACUGAAUGAAGCACCACAGCCUCUCUGCCCAUCCAUUGACAAAGCCCAUUUUAUUGCUCAGUUGGGAUUUUGAUGUUUGUUUGCACCAUUUCUGGUAAGAUGUUGUCUUCUCUGGCAGGUGAGCAAAGCUGCCUCAUAACACAGGACCCAAGCUGAAAUGUUGACCUUGAGAACCUGAUGGUUUGAGCUCAGGCUCGGCUCCUUACAGAUACUCAACUUCUGCUCCUCACCACCUUUCUCAACAAGCAAAGUCCUUUCAAAAAAUUUAAAAUUAUAUUUCGUUGGUUUAAAUCGCAAAGUAGAAUUUUUAUUUUAUGUUGCAACAGAAUGUCGCAGCCGGAUUUGUAGUUUCUUAUCUGGAGUUGGAUGUACACAAGCAACAAGAGCCACUUCAUAUUAUUGUACCUAAAAGUCUCCACUCAGGAGCUUUAGUUUAUGUACAUUAGAAAAGAAGUUUUUUUUCAGCCAAUCAGAGACUAAUAUCCUAUUUAACUAACAUCAGCUCAAGUAAAUCAAGUCAACAUUUAACUAAACUACAUAAAUUAAACUACAUUUUCACCCAUAAGAAAAUUAAAUUUUCCUCAGCACAUAUCGAAUCUGUGCCACAAAUGCUUAAAAAUCAAAUUUUCUGAGCAAAUACUGUACAUCUGGUGCAUUAGAUUACAAGUCAAAUAGCAUGGCAUCCUAGUUUUUAUCUCGUGUAAUGGUAAUUUAACACUGUAUGAUACAGAAACAACAAAAAAAGCUAAUUUUUUUUAUUCCUCUUCCUGCUAGGUCAGAGCAGAUAUAACUCAAAAACCUGAUCCAACAUGAUGAUAGACUUUUCUUGUUGGUAUUUGGUCAAACAGUUAAAAGUUAAACAGCCACAGAUUUCUGUUUAGUGAAGACAGUAUAUAUUUUUGUUUGUUCAUUAUAAUUUGAUCUCUUCUUCUAAACCCCCACCCCCCACACACACACACACACACACACACACACACCAACACACACUCACACAGUUACUGUAGCUAAGCUGGUUUAGAGUAUAUGGAGGGUUCACUGAUGUGCAGUAGUUACUCUGGUAGCACCUGGGAUAUAACUGUCAGGAUGCCUUCGCUUUCCUCAAGUGUAGUGCAAUACAGCCACAAAGCCAAGAAUUAAGACUUGACAAAGCAUUGUGUAAGACUUAAUAGGGCUCCUUGUUUUGAUUUUUUUUUUUUUCAUUUUUUAUAUUUCUGAUUUAUUGUUAAAAUUCAUUGAGCACUUUUUUUUUUCUUUUUAGCUGGGAUCACAUUGUACUGUUCUGCCAGAGUUUUUAAUUCAUCUGCUUUUUCUUUUAUUAAAUUGUUAAAAAUCACAUUGUUUGAUACAUUUAAAGCCUACUGAAGUGAAUAAUUGACACUCUGAAUGCCUUUCUUUCUUUUACUUACAUGUACCUACCCACAAUGGUUUCUUAGCAUCAUUCACUUAAGGUUUCCAGGCAGAGGUGCCAUUUGGUUUCACUGAUGCCACACUCAUAUCAAGGAAACGGAUAGAAAAUUACCAAAUUUAUGAAAAACUCAAAAUGGUGAUUUGUCUCCUCAAAGUUUUGUCAGAUUUUCUUUCGCCCAAUAUCACAUUUGUUUUUUGUUUUUAACCUCAGCAACACUUUUGAUAUGUAAACUGUAGAUUUGUCCCUCGGUUGACCAAUCAGACGAGAGGUGUAUGACUGUUGAACCAAUCAGAUCCCAUUAUUGCUGUAAGAGGUGUAUGACUGUUAACCAAUGAAACUCCUGCCUCAUCAAACCAGUGUAUAAUUUAAAAGCUUGUGACAUGCAGUCAUGAGGCAGUGGUUUCGGACAAAUGUGACCUUGAAUUACCUUUUCUUUUUCAACGAUGCCUCCGCCAAACAAUCGAGUUGCAGGAAAUAUGGUCACAAUCUCUCCCUCUGUUCCUGAGUGACAGCAUUGGAUAAUGGUCAAAACCUGAUGAUGUCACAUCGAAGUUGACCUUUUGGAUAUAAAAAUGUCAUCACUUCAUCCUGUUAAAUUUGUGUUAGAUUUGUGUCAUAAUAAGUGUAUACAUUUUUGAGUUAUGUCCAAAAACAUGUAUUUUGAGGUCACAGUGAUGAUGUCCUUUGACCACCAAAUUCUAAUCAGUUUCCCUUUGAGUCCAUGUGAAUGUUUGUACCAAAUUUGAAGAAAUCCCCUCAAGGUUUUCUUGAACUAUUGCGUUCACGAGAAUGGGAUGGACGGACAACCUGACAACAUGCUGUCACUGGGCAGAGGCAUAAAAACAAUUUGCUGCUCAUCACAGAGCAAAUCAACAAGACUCAUCCAUCAUGUGUUGCUGCUUUAACACUGACGACUCCAAAAUCAAAAGGUUGUUGUACUUAUAUUGUAACUCUUUAAAGCCAAGCAAUUAUAACUUGUUCUUUCAGCAUCUAACAAAACACUGAUAUGGAAAUGGAGAAGUUGGACAUUACAGCAGGUUUGUGAUCUUUUCGGCUGUAAGGUCGACAUGUUUAUCUGUUCCAUGGGAGAUUUCAGCUGCAGCACGUGUCCACCACUGUCUGAAAAUGUGAAGCUGUGAUUUAGGGCUAGUUUUAGCAAUUUCUUCUUUUUUUUUUCUUCUUUUUUUUUGUGUACAACUGGGCCUCACUCUCUGAACCUGUUCUCUAGAUACAGUUAGGGCCAUGCUUUAAGGCUACAGUUCUGUUGUAUAGUGUGUUUGAAGCUGUCACUGUUAUCAACAAAACUUAACUUAUGGGCUGAAAUUACGGAAAUGAUCGACCUGCAAUCCUGCAUGUCUCCUAGGAAAUAAUGUGUGACACAAAAAUAAAGACU